CCUUGAACAACACUCGACAGCAACAGGCCUCCAAGUGAUGACAGUACCUCGAUCAGAGCAUCCUCGACCUGACUGGGUGCGGACAGAUAGGCACUGGUCCUGUCUAAAUGGCCCUUGGAAGUUUGCGUUCGAUGAUCAGGACGAAGGGCUCGAUCAGGCGUGGCAGCAUGAUGAGGGCCGCCUCAACCAGACCAUCACCGUUCCCUUUGCCUUCCAGACUGAAGCCUCUGGGAUCAGUGACAAGGGCAUCCAUGAGGUCGUCUGGUAUUCUCGUCAUGUCCAAGUGCCCAGCGAGGUUGACGCUGCCACUCGUGCGCUGCUUCACUUCGGCGCCAUUGACUAUGAAGCAACCGUCUUCGUCUCUGGAUCACAGGUGACCCAACAUCGCGGUGGUCAUGUCCCCUUCUAUGCCGACAUCACACCCCAAGUGCUCGCCGCGAAGGCGUCAGGCAAGUCUGAAGUGGUCGUUACGGUCCGGGUGAGAGACUACCCGCACGAUGUCACUGUACCGAGAGGCAAGCAGUACUGGAAGGCGACGCCCGAAUCCAUCUUUUACUGGCCCACGACGGGCAUUUGGCAGCCCGUCUGGCUCGAGGUAGCGCCAAAGAGCCGCAUCGAGCGGGUCAGCAUCAAGCCGGACAUCGAUCAGGGUACCAUUGCCGUCAACGCUGAGCUUCUCGGGGUCGGUCCAUCAUCAAAGCAAUCAACCAGAGAAGCUCGUUUGGCCGUGCAGGUUGCUCUGGCUGGUAUUCCCAUCAGCCGAUCGGAUGUCGUCAUUUCCAACGAUACAGCAUCGGCCGCGUGCACAUUGACCGUCUCUGUUCCCGGCUCUUCUCCGCCCGAAAAGAUCCGCAAGAAUCUCUAUGGCUCGGGCAUCCUUCCGCCCGAGCUGGAGGGUGACUCCUGGUCUGGCGGUCUUGCCCUGUGGUCCCCCGACCAUCCAUCACUGUACGACGUAACUCUGUCGCUCUUGUCGGCCGACGGCAACGAGACGCUGGACAAGGUCGAGACCUACGUCGGCAUGCGCAAGAUCUCCAUCAACGAAGAGGGCAAGAUCUGCCUCAACAAUCGCCCUUACUUCAUGGCUUUGAAUCUCGACCAGGGUUAUUGGCCCAAGUCCAACCUGACGGCGCCGAGCGACGAGGCGUUCAAGCAGGAUAUACUCAAGAUGAAGGAGAUCGGCAUGAAUGGAGCUCGAGCUCAUCAGAGAGUUGCCGAUCCCCGGUACCUCUACCACGCCGACAAGCUCGGCUACCUCAUCUGGGCCGAGAUGCCAAACGCCUACGAGUAUUCGCAUGCCUAUGUCGAGCGUUUCACUCAAGAAUGGCUCGAGGCGAUGAAGCGAGACAUGAACCACCCUUGCAUUGUCGCGUGGGUGCCCAUCAAUGAGUCCUGGGGCGUGCCCAACCUCGCCAUAUCAGCGCCACAGCGAGACCACCUCCUUUCGCUCUUCCAUCUGACGAGGUCUCUCGAUGAUUCCCGGCUCGUCGUCGACAACGAUGGCUGGGAACACAGCAAGACGACGGUCUGCACCUUUCACGACUACGCCGAGCACGCAAGCUUGCGCAAGACAUGCGCUUCCCUAGCCUCGCUCCUUGCGCCAAAGGCCUCGCGAGCAGUGUACAACCCCGGCAGCGCCCACGCUGCCGAGCCCAUCGUCCUUUCCGAGUUUGGCGGUGUCUCGUUGGCCGGUGGCGCAAAGGGUUGGGGCUACAAUGAGGCCGGCAGCGCCCAGGACCUCCUCGGCCGGAUCAGGGGCCUCGUCGACGCCGUCCUCGAUGGCGGCCUCGUCCAGGGCUACUGCUACACCCAGACGGCCGAUUGCGAGACAGAGGUCAACGGUCUCCUCACGGCUCAGCGUGAACACAAGCUCGACGUGGCCGAGCUUCGAAAGAUUUUUGGAAGAAGACCUUGAUACCUUGCAGUCUCAGCCCUUCUGUUCUGCUUGAUAGCACUGGCGUUGCAUGCUUGUCUUCUCUCUCUCUUUGUGGACUCAUUCGCAUGUGUCGCAAAGGGGGGAUCAACAUUGUUUCUUUUUCAAUAAUCUUUCAUGACGAUAAGAAAUCAACGACACAAUUGUCGUAUACGCUGUCCUCUUCUUUCAGAAGGGAACACCAGAGAAGUGGGGGGAAUGGGAGUAGCGCACGCACCGAGAGGCCAGGUGUGAGAGAGAGGAAAAGAGGAGAGGAAAUGACAAGAGGGGCGGAGAGAGGCAGCUACGACCCGCCAUUGACUUUGUCUCUGAGCGUGCCGAGGAACUGCAUGUAGCUCGGCGUCUGCUCAAAGCGGUCUUCGAUGAGCAUCGAAAGGGCCCAGAGGCGCAAGCUCGGCUCGCCAUCCUCCUUGACAAUGUAG